GCGGCCGUCUCGAGCGUGUCGACAUGCUCUUCGAGCUUGCAGAAGAACGUUAUGUUCCUUGGCGCUAAUAUUGGUAAGCGCGCCAGCAUCGAUCCUAUCGGGUGCUGCGCCAUCUGUGCCCGCACGAAUGGCUGCACUGCGUUCACGUGGAAUGACUCAAGCCACGGCACGUGCUUUCUCAAGACCAGCAAGGGAAAAUCGUUUCCGAAUUCCGGCUCCAUCUCGGGAGUUGUC